AUGAAUGGAUACGAUGGGUACGAUGGAGGCUAUGGCGGCAACGCCAUGGGUCAGGGGGAUUCGAAUGGUGGAGACAUGAUGAUGAUGGGACAAGAAAGUAUGGGCGGCGGCAUGGUUGGAGGGCAGUCGCUGGAGGACAUUGUGAACCAGAAUGCCAAAGCCAUGAGGAGACAGAGCAGGCCACAACAGUACGGUGGAUCGUCCAAUAAUAUGGAUCCGAACAUGAGGAGGGUUCCCAUGAUGGACUACAAUGCGUCGUCUGCGAGUCCCAUGGGCAACUACCAAUUCGACCCCAAUGCUGUCAUGCAUCAAGAGAGCAUGAUGGGGAACGUCGGGACACCUGCGCAGCAAGAUGCUCAGGCUCAGAAUCACAGCCGGCGCCAGUCACGGGACAACCUCGCACUCAACACGACGUUCGCGGACACCGCAGCUGGGUACCCUACCAUGAUGAAUCCACAUUCUGCGUACCAGUCGCCUGCGCAUCCACAGAGUGGGAUGGACAUGGGGAUGGCCAGCCCAUAUGUCGACCAAGGCGUCAACAUGCAGAUGGACUUUAACGUCGAGCAGAAUGUUGCUCACUCGACUCCAAGUGAUGUUCCGCAGAUGAAUCUGUUCAAUCAACCUCGCUUCAGCCAGACCAUGGCGACCUCGCCAAUGCAUACCGGGGGCUCACAGGCUUCUCCUCAGCCCACGCAAAGGCCGGCUCAGAAUGUACGCACCGGCAGCGGCAUGAGCUCGCACUACAGUGGUCUGCCGAAUAGCACACGUGCGACACCUGGGCACCUCUCCAGAAGCCACAGCCUCCAGAUUCCGAGCAUGGCCAGUCCGGCGCAAGGCAAUGAUGUCUCGCCAAUGUCGCAACCGGUGUCUGCGCCGGGCGAAAGCUCUUCCAACAUGAACUUCCCUGGACAGCCGCAACAUCCCGUUCCCGGCUCGCGUCAAGAUAUGGGCAUGGGAGACAGCACGAAUGUGUAUGAUGGCGUCAACGGACCGGUGCCUCUCAGCCGCACUCAGCCGAAUCCUAACAAUCAGGGCUUCAAGUGGGAGACACCUGAGGGAGGCUGGCCUUCCACGAUGGCAGGUCGUUCGCACAUGCAGACAUCGUACAAGAAUGCCUAUUCUUCGACGGGCUUCGACAUGCUUGGUGUUUUGAUGCGUGUCGCAACGCGACCGAACCCCGAGAUUGGUAUCGGUGCUGUAGACCUGUCGUGCGCGUUUGUCGUGUGCGAUGCCGAGAAGGAUGACUUCCCCAUCGUAUACUGCUCCGAUAACUUCGAGCGUUUGACCGGCUACACCAAGCAUAUGAUUCUUGGUCGGAACUGUCGCUUCCUCCAGUCGCCCGACGGCAAUGUGGAGUCCGGCGUCAGGCGCAAGUACGUCGACGACGAUUCAGUCUUGUAUCUGAAAAACAUGAUCUCGCUCCGACGCGAAGCACAGAUAUCGCUCAUCAACUAUCGGCGGGGCGGCCAGCCUUUUAUGAACCUGCUCACCAUGAUUCCAAUCACCUGGGACACAGACCAGGUCAAGUUCUUUGUGGGAUUCCAGGUCGAUCUGGUGGAGCAGCCCAAUGCGGUUACCAACAAAACCCCCGAUGGAUCGUAUUCGAUCAAUUACCAGCGGGGCAUGACGAUGCCUCGCUAUGUCAUGCAUGCGCCCGAAACGAACCAAAAGGCCGAUCUGGGCCUGACGGUACCACGCGACGACGUCUCGGCGAUUCUUGCGACUUACGGCAAUGGCGAGUCGGAGUAUGCGAAGCGUGUGUGGGAUAAGGUGUUGCUCGAAAACACCGACGAUGUCGUCCAUGUGCUGUCUCUCAAGGGCCUCUUUCAGUGGGUGUCGCCUUCCGCCGCGCGGGUUUUGGAAUACGAUGCGAGUGAGAUCAUUGGCACCGCGUUGAGCUCCCUCUGCCAUCCGAGUGACAUUGUGCCUGUGACACGAGAGCUGAAGGAUACGUCGACCGGCGCCACCGUCAACGUUGUGUUCCGGAUACGACGGAAAACGAGUGGCUACAUGUGGUUUGAAGGACAUGGAUCGCUUCACACCGAGCAAGGCAAAGGUCGAAAGUCGAUUAUUUUGACCGGUCGCGAGAGGCCUGUCUACACGCUGAGCAAGACCGACAUUGCUAAUGCCGGCGGCAUCGGUGAGAACGAUUUCUGGUCAAAGAUGUCUACUUCCGGCAUGUUUUUGUUCAUCUCAUCCAACGUGCGACAACUACUCGACAGGCAGCCCGACGAACUUAUCAUGGUCAGCAUCCAGUCCAUGAUGCGCGCAGAGUCUAAAGCCGACUUUGCACGAAUACUGGAGCAUGCUCGGUCCGGGAAGAAGGCUUCAGUCAAGCAUGAGCUCAUCAACAGGAGAGGUCAGGUGCUUUCAGCUUAUACCACUUUGUAUCCUGGCGAUGCAACAGAGGGGCAGAAGCCUACCUUCAUCGUCGCGCAAACACGCCUCUUCAAGUUCACGCGCAACAACCCACCCACUGCACGACCACCGAUGUACCUCAAGAACGAGCACGCCUCGGAUGACUCAAUGACCCCUUCAGCAGUCUCUACACAAGAUCAAAGCACAAACUCGCGCAUACAACCGCCGGGUGGACCUCUCCGGUACCGAACAACCGACGGUUCUGCCGCCACCUACGCUGGCCAGGACGGACUUCCCAUCGGCCACCAAGACGAGUCGCUGGCGUCGGAAGAUAACCUCUUCGACGAGCUCAAGACGACAAAGUCCAGCUCGUGGCAGUACGAGAUCCGGCAGCUGGAGAAGAAGAAUCGCAUUUUAGCAGAGGAAGUGCAAUCGCUCAUCGCGGCCAAGAAGAAGCGGAAGCGGAGAAAGGGCAAAGACCAGCAGAAGGACUGCGCCAAUUGCCACACGCGCACCACGCCGGAGUGGCGAAGAGGACCCAGUGGGCAGCGGGAUCUGUGCAAUAGCUGUGGGCUGCGGUGGGCCAAACUCAACGGCCGCGUCUCCCCCCGCACCUCCUCCCAACACUCCGUCCACUCCGCCGCCUCGGACAAAGCCUCCAAAGCCUCCGCCUCGCCUCGCCACACCUCCAGCACCACGCCGGUCAUCAAGACCGAGUCGCCCUCCCAAGCACACCCGCAAGCGCCUUUCCCCGCCAACGCUGCUGCUGCGGCGAGUAUCGAGCACCAUCGCGAGUCGCCGCGGGCAGUCAAGCCUCCUGAAGGGCACGGGGCGAAUAUGGAGGGCGCGGUGGGAGUGCCGGAGGUGAUUGAUGAGGGGGUUGAGGAGCCGGAUUGA